CCGAUCCGUCCAACAGACAUAUGCAUAUUCAUGAGGCCGACUGUCACGUGACUGGUAUUUGUCGGAGAUUUCUUCCGCGUUUGAGUCUGAGCGAGCUUCCAAAAUGGCAGCCCCCAAAGCUAUGUGUGGAAAAGUGUGUAUUGUUACGGGUGCAUCUCGCGGGAUUGGGCGUGGCAUCGCCCUUCAGUUGGGGGAGGCAGGGGCAGUCGUUUAUAUCACAGGUCGCACCCUGGAAACCUCAUCAGGAGAUAAAACCAGAGGUUCAUUAAAGGCCACUGCAAGGGAGAUUGAGGCUCGUGGUGGUCAGUGUAUACCAGUACAGUGUGACCACUCUAAAGACGUCGAUAUUGAGAAACUGUUUGAGAAGGUCAAGCGAGAACAGGAUGGCCGACUUGAUGUUCUUGUCAACAAUGCCUACUCUGGAGUGAAGACUUUGAUGGACAACUAUGGAAAGCCGUUCUGGGAGCAGCCAGCCACGGUGUGGGAUGAGGUGAACAAUGUGGGACUCAGGAAUCAUUACAUCUGCACAGUGCAAGCAGCUCGUCUUAUGGUCCCCCGUAAACAAGGCUUGAUUGUCAACAUCUCUUCAGCUGGUGGCAUUGGAUAUUUUGUCAGCCCUGUAUACGGAAUUGGAAAAGAGGCUUGUGACCGUAUGGCAGCAGAUUGUGCAGUUGAGCUUCGCAAACAUAACGUAGCUUGUGUGUCAUUGUGGCCUGGAGCGGUGAGAACUGAACAUAUCCAAGAUAUCUUCUCGGCAGAACAGGCUUUUCUCAAGGUACCUGAAGAUGGAUUUUUGAAUAGCAAAGAUUAUACGAAGCUUCGGACCAUGUUCAUGGAAUCUGCAGAGAGUGUGGAGCUGAGUGGGAAGUGUAUAGUAAAGCUGGCUACAGAUCCUCACCUGAUGAAGAAGUCUGGGCGAAUCUUUCAAACUGGGCAGUUUGCAGAGGAAAAUGGACUGAAGGAUAUUGAUGGUUCCACUCCUAGUAGCUUAUUUCGGUUGUCAAACAUACUAAGAACAGGUGGCUAUACAAGGCUUGCAGCAUGGGUUCCUAAUUUUGUGAAGGUUCCCAGGUUUGUGAUCUGGUUGUCUGGAAAUAAAUUAUGAACCCUUGAUUUUGUCCAUGACACAGCAGCAACUGUGGAAUUUGACUAUGUGGUACAUGUAUGUUAAUAUUCUUUUUAUUCAAAUCCAUCCGUAUUAUUUUACCAAAGUACCAAAUAUUACAUGUGUAUUGUGUACUGUAUUGGAUCAGGUACAGUGUGGCUCAUAAAAGUCUGGAAGCAUAAUUGUCUUAUGUAUUCUGAGGUCUGGUUGAAGGGAAACACAUUUGAAUUUAUAAUUUAUAUGGCUGACUGACCAGAAACAGUUCAAGUGGAUUUCUUGUGUUAUGAAUUGAUUUAGCAUUUAUCCAUCUGUCAUUGUUAUAUUAUUCAAGACACUCUGGCUAAUUUUAUGUUUGUAAACUUUGUUUUUUUGUCUGAAGUUAAUUUGUACAAAAUGAUGACUUGUUUUAUUAUGUGUUUUUUUUUUUGUAAUAGAUGUGUUUCUAGUUAGGGUUAGUGGUAAACAUUAGGUCAAUAUUGAAAAUGUUUGUGUCUUUGUGAGUAUAUCACAGUUUUGCCAGGGCCUAAUUUUAGUGAUGUGAAACCACUGCAUACUAUGCAAUUUUGUUUACACAAUCAUGUAUAUUGGAGUACUUGGAGAAAUAUUCUACUUUCAAUUUAUUUCAUUUUUCAGAAGUUUAAAUGCAAAUCAUGCAUUUUUGCCCUGGUUUCAUGUAUAUGUACAUGUUACUCUGUAUUCUCGUCAGUUCCGUGAAAUUUUUAAAUAUGUGGAGCGAACAAAUAAAACGAUAACUGUUUAGUUUUUUGAUGGAUCAAUUUACUCGUGCACGUGCUUUUUUAUAUCUAUCAUACAAUGAUUCCAUUACAAACUGCUGACUUUCCUCCUGAGUUGCCUCCCUUAGACCUUACACGUUUUAACUUGUUAACGUUGUACAUGUAUAUAUAGCAUUUUGCUGAUCCCAAUAAAUUUGUGUGAUCU